UCCUAAGUAUCUGAGCUCAUUGGGUCAAACAGUACUCAAUGUGUCACGCAUAGUGCCGGAUGGUUUGCUCGUUUUCUUCCCUUCCUACCCUUUGCUCAACCAGUGCGUAGACGCUUGGCAGGCCAGCGGUCUUUGGGCUGAGGUGAGUAGGCAUAAACCAAUUUAUGUAGAACCACGAAACAAGGAGAGCUUUACUACGUCUAUGGAGGAGUUCUACAAAAGUAUACGUGAUGCAAAGGGUGCUUGUUUCAUGGCAGUAUGCCGUGGAAAAGUAUCCGAGGGUCUCGAUUUUGCAGAUCGCAAUGGACGUGCAGUUAUCAUAACGGGGCUUCCAUUUCCACCACUCAAAGAUCCAAAAGUGAUUUUAAAGAAACGCUAUUUGGAAGAUAAUCGCACGAAAGAGAACGAACUAUUAUCAGGCCAAGCAUGGUACAGCUUAGAGGCUACUCGUGCUGUGAAUCAGGCAAUUGGACGUGUCAUUCGUCAUCGGCACGAUUAUGGUGCCAUUCUGUUGUGUGAUGUACGUUUUGAGCAGCCUAGUCAGGUGUCCCAAUUAUCGAAAUGGGUUCGCGGUUAUUUAGGCGCCUCUCCCAAAAGCGUGCCCUUCGGUUCGAUUGUGCGAGAAUUGCGCGAAUUCUUCCGGAAUGCUGAUAAAACUUUACCCAAACCGAAAGAGCGUAGCAUAGAGACGCUUGUGAGCGAAACAUGUGAAGAAGCUGGCAUCGUGCAGAGUCGGUACUUCUCAGACCCUAAAUUAGUGCUUGAAGCAAAAAGUAAAUUUGCCACAGCGCAAUCAAUGGCAAUGAAGGUCGAGAAAACCAAUUCGAUUGAAGGCUGGACCCCAGAUGACUACAAAACAGCCGCAGGCCGCUCACAAAGUAGUAAAGUACCGAGCGCAAUGGACUUCAUGAGUCGACUGGACACCAACGUAAAGGCUAUAGAUUUCAAUAGUACCAACUGCAGCAAAGCCUCGAGCAGUGGUCAGGUUAGCAUAUUCAAGCGUGAGCGAAACUCACCGACUACAAGCCCGAGCAGUAGUUCAAGCGCCCUCGCCGCCAAUAACAAGCGAAAACGCUAUAAAUUGGUUACGGGUACCACCAAAAUACCUGAUUCGCCAACCACCAGUACACAAUCAACACUCGGUGAAUUUAGUUUCAAAUCCAAAUCAAUACUAACCAAUGACACUCCAAUGGUAGAGAAGGAGGCGCCACAGGAGCGAGUCGAGUUCUUGAGAAUACUGCGAAGUUCGCUAUCACCAGACGAUUUUAGUGCUUUUACCGCAGCGCUAAUGGCAUAUAGUCGUCAGGAUGAAUUUGAGGAAUUUCUCAAAGUUUUAGUACGGGUAAUGGGCAAGCCCGAAUUGCAUUAUAUGUUGCGUGGCAUGCGACGAUUUAUAAAAUGUGCGCAUAAAGCUAUGUUUGACGAGGGUACUGCGCAUAUUUUAGCAUAAUUUGUUAAAGGUAGAAUUAUUGGUGGGAGGGGAGACUUUUCUUUUGUUUUUUUCGCACCAAAACAAAAACAAACCGUAUCUAAUAUACUUUAUUUUUAAUCAGAAUUAGUUUUUUAUAUAAGUAUGUGUGUAUGUAUUAUUUUUUAUGUUUUUAUGUAAGAGAUAACCGUCUCUGCGAAAAUGUUCAAUCAUUUAAUAUGCCUAGCGGAUUUUUUUUUUAUUAC